CGAAACGCUCCGGCCGCACUCACUCGCACGCCUCUAGUUCGUUAACUAGUGAGGCUCUGUGGCGCGGCCUGGCAGUGGUGGGGUAAGAGUUUGGCGGGGCGUGUUAUCAUCUGCAGGUGCAGGCGCGCGACCCGUCUUGUCUUGUCCGAACCUUUCCAACCCUCGCCGCCCCCCCGCACGCACGCAGCAAGGACGGAUACCAUACACACCAUGACCACAGAUCCGGAAGUUCCACCUGAGCACGCGACCAUGCCGUCGUCGUCGUCGUCGUCGAGUCCCAGGGACAGCCUGCCGGAGCUGUCGACUCUCGCCAUCGCGGACCCUGCUGCGGCGGCGGGAGAGGGAGAGGAAAGCGUUGACGCCAAGGAGGAGCAGGAGCAGACCUCCGUGCCCGCGAACGCAAAGCCCGACGGCCCCAAGGUUUCGGAUCCUUUCCAAUUCGGCUCGAGACUCCUCCUCCCGACCGACGAUCCCUUCUCCUUCAACGCAUGGGACCACGUCGAGAUCGACGACGAGUACGCCGCGUUCACGCAAGAGCAGCUAUCGGCGCAGCGCGCGAAGCCCGUGAGCGCGCAUGACAAGGCGCGGUUCAACGGCAACCCGGCCAAGUGGUGGGACAUCUUCUACAAGAACAACGGCGAGAACUUCUUCAAGGACCGGAAGUGGCUUCAGCAGGAGUUUCCGAUCCUGAGUGCCGCGACUGGUGAGGAGUACGGGCCGUGCGUCGUGGUCGAACUCGGCUGUGGCGCGGGAAAUACCCUGUUUCCUGUGCUCCAGAUCAAUACGAACCCACGGUUUUGCAUCCAUGGGUGUGAUUUCGCGCCGAAUGCUGUCGCGGUCGUGAAGGCCCAGGAGCUGUAUGCACAGUACGAGCCCAAGGGGAAUGUGCGCGCCAGUGUGUACGACCUUUCGGCGGAGGACACGCUGCCGGAGGGGGUGGAGGCGGGCUCGGUCGACAUCGUGAUCAUGGUGUUUGUGUUCUCGGCGCUGGCGCCGUCGCAGUGGAUCGCGGCGCUGCGGAACGUGCGGCGGAUGCUGAAGCCGGGUGGGAAGGUGUUGUUCCGCGACUAUGGCCGCCAUGACCUCGCCCAGGUAAGGUUCAAGGGAGGGAGAUACCUCGAUGAGAACUUUUACAUCCGCGGCGACGGCACAAGGGUGUAUUUCUUCGAGGAGGAGCAGUUGGGCGAGAUCUUCUCGGGUGUGUUCCGCGAGGGCUCGGAUCUGCCCGCGCAGGAUGCAGAGGAUGGGUACGGCGGUUUCAAGGUCGAGAGCUUGGCUACCGAUAAGCGCAUGCUGGUCAAUCGGACUAGGAAGAUCAAGAUGUAUAGACGCUGGAUGCAGGCCGUGUUUGAAAAGCUGUAAAAGGGUAAAUGGCGUUGCGGGUUUUAUAUGGGUGUGGAUUGACCGGUGGAGUUUAUUUGCUUCUGCUCUACAUGUAGAUGGUAGUGAUACGGAUGCUGACA